AUGUGCUCUCCUUCAAUGGCUUUACAUCUUCAAACAAAGUACCCGAUAAGUCCCAUCACAGACAACAUCCCAAGAAAUCAACGUCCGACGUCGCUUCUCCCUAUACGUGUCGCGUGCUCGGUUACUAACACCAACAACUUUCACCCCAACCGGGAGAAGAUUGUGGUUGAGAAACGCCUUGUGAAUCCUCCUCUCUCCAACGACCCAACUUUGCAAUCCACAUGCACCCACCGCUUAUGGGUUGCAGCAGGCUGCACCACCGUGUUUGCUUCUUUCACCAAAUCUAUUAUUGGAGGGAUUGGUUCUCAUGCCUGGCUCAAACCAGCUUUAGCUGGUUACGCAGGGUACGUCUUAGCUGAUCUAGGCUCAGGUAUCUACCACUGGGCCAUCGAUAACUACGGUGAUGAGUCAACACCUCUAGUAGGAACACAAAUAGAAGCUGCUCAAGGUCACCACAAGUGGCCUUGGACUAUCACCAGACGUCAGUUUGCCAACAACUCACACGCUCUGGCUCGAGGCAUAACCUUCACAGUUCUCCCAAUAGUUCUUGCAUUUAAUGACCCAGUGGUUCAUGGCUUCGUGAGCACGUUUGCGUUUUGCAUAUUGUUUUGCCAGCAGUGUCAUGCAUGGGCUCAUGGAACCAAGAGCAAGCUUCCACGUCUCGUGGUGGCGUUGCAGGACAUGGGGCUGCUCCUUUCACAGCGACAGCACGUGAAUCAUCACCGAGGAUCGUUAAAGAGUUACUGCAUUGUGAGUGGGGCGUGGAACAAGGUUUUGGAUGAAAGUAAGUUCUUUGAGGCAUUAGAAAAUGCGUUAUAUCUCAAGCUUGGGAUGAGACCGAGGUCAUGGAGCGACCCAAAUUCUGACUGGACAGAAGAAACCGACAUCUCCUACAAUCACGCAUAA